AUGUUUUUCAUCAAAGACCUUGCGCUCAAUCUCACACUACACCCGUCGUACUUCGGUGCGCAGAUGAACGACUAUCUUCGACAGAAGCUCUUGACCGACGUGGAGGGCACGUGCACGGGGCAGUUUGGGUACAUCAUCUGCGUGCUGGACAGCGCCACGAUCGACGUGGGCAAGGGCCGCAUCAUCGCCGGGAACUCCGGGUACGCCGAGUUCGAGGUGAAGUACAAGGCGGUGGUGUGGAAGCCCUUCAAGGGAGAGGUUGUGGACGGCGUCGUGUCCAGCGUGAACAACAUGGGCUUCUUCGCCGACGUGGGCCCGUUGAGCGUGUUCAUCUCGAAGCACUUGAUUCCCUCAGACAUGAAGUACAACCCGAGCCACACCCCGCCGGCCUACAUCGGCGAGGACCAGGUCAUCAUGAAGAGCUCCAAGGUGCGCAUAAAGAUAAUCGGCACGCGUUCCGACGUCAACAGCAUCUCUGCCAUCGGCAGCAUCAAGGAGGACUACCUCGGGCCCCUCUAG